AUGGCUGAAGCUGCAACCCCCAGACCGGAAGCCGUGACUGAGCAGCCAUCUGGGGUCGGUGACCAGAUGACGUCAGAAGUCGCAGCUACGUAUGCAGGCAAAUACGCCGACGACCAGGCAUACCAGCUUGCGCAGCUCCUCGAAAUGCAGAAGAACGAAAUCCGCCAGCUCUGCUUAACGUCUCUCCACGAAGAUUUCACAGUCAAAAGGAAGAUGUUCGAGAACGGAAAGGUAGAAAUUUACAGAAUCAAAGCAGAUGAAGGCCAGCCUUACAAGGCUGUUAUGAAGAUGCGCAAAUUUGACCAACAAACCGAAGCUCGCAAGAAGAGGAGGAUAUUGCAGGAGAUCACCGUCCACAGAUAUGUAACAAGGACUGGCUGCCCAUACAUAGCGCAGAUUCACAACACACUGUACAACUUCUCUAGCGACAGUUGCUAUGGCUUCCAGGUGGAAUAUCUGCGUCAAGGUACCAUGAUAGAAAACUAUUCGAAGCUCUCCUAUGCGGGUCGCCUCCGAGUGUGCAGGGAUGUGGCGAAGGGUUUGAAACACAUCCACUCCUUGCACAUUGUCCACGCUGACAUCAAGAUGGACAAUAUUCUUGUGCGCAUUGGAGCAGACGGCCAACCCAUGGGCAAGAUCAUCGACUUCGGGGCAAGUAAAGUCAUGGGUUUGAAAGUAACAUCCGGCCAUUGCAUUGGGAAUGCGUGGCAAUUCGCAUGCCCAGAACUCACCUAUCCAGCGGAAACUCGUAUAGUUCUUGCAGCUUCGGUGGACAUUUGGUCAUUCGGUAUGAUGGCCUUGAAUUCGUUGACCCCGAGCUACCAAACGCCUUGGGAUAGGGCCUCUGAUCACAAUCAGGACUUCAAAUACUUUCGUGAGCAUUUGGACAGCAGCUCCGAGAGAUCAAGCAGCAGAAACCCGGUGCAGCUCCAAUUUUUGGGUCAGACACCAUUCAACGACCUCCGCCCUUUCGUGAACUACUUGGUCACAAAUCUCCUGCGGAUGGAUCCAGCGCGGCGCUUCGACAUGGACCGCGUUAUCCGGGAGCUGGAAGGCGAGAUUCCAGGAGCAAGCACAGCUCUCGAACUUGUGAAGUGA